AUGACCACCAGCGACAUCGACGCCCGCUUCCCACCGAUUUACACGGACCGACUGUACAUACGGUUCUUCGACCCGUCGCGUCCAGAGGACUACGAAACUGUCCUCGAAUUCUACAACUCGGAGUACACGAAAAGAUUCAUCGGGGAUGUGGGGAUGAACACCAAAGAACAUAUCGAGUCGCGGUGUGAAGAAGGCACGAUGAUACCCAAAGUACCGGGCAAACCGGCAUCCGCCACGCCAAAGUACCCGUGGCACAUCGUCUACCUCCGCUCGGAUCUCUCGCGGCCCGUAGGGAUCAAUUCGCUCUUCACCGCCGUUCCCUUCAAUAAGCCGACCUUGGGCUGGGCGGUGCGCGAGGAGAUUGCCGGCCAGGGCUACGCGAGCGAGGCCGCGAGCGCGGUGUUGAAGUGCUGGGUCGAGGAUAUCGGCGUCACCGAUCUUUGGGCGGGCACCUUCCCUCAUCAUAAGGCGAGUCAGAGGGUUGCGGUGAAAGUCGGGUUCGAGUUUGGUGGCACGUUCUCGAUGAAGUUUCCGGAUGGCGAGGUCAAGGAGGCCAUCUACUAUGUUUUGCCUGGCGCGGAUAAGUCGAAUAUGGAGGGGAGGGUGAUGGAUUUGACGCAGCAGCCCGGCAUGCCUUCGGUCCCUCUGGUCCCUGCUGUGGAACUUGCUGCGUAA